UAUACCAUUCUGACUGGCUCUAUCUUUAGGCGCUCUCUGAAGAUCCCUCGCCAGUAUGCCCCGCUAUCCCUCUUCGGACUACACUGCCUCGACCGACGACCGUCAAGGCUUCUUUGGCGCUCCCGAUCCUUCCCGCCGUAGCGUCCGCACAGACGAACGCCAAGGCUACUUUGGCGCUCCAGACCCUACCUCUGCCGCCUCUUCCUACUACCCACCCCACCAGCAGCAGCAGCAGAACGCUUACACCCACACACAGCAGCCCUCUUACCACAGCCAACAGGCCGCGCCUCGCGAUUCGCGGCCAAUGUCCCAAAGUCAGCGGCCAGCCGAGCCCUACGGCGGGAGGCGGAUAGAGGACGAGGAGUCGGGAUGGGACUUGCCAGAGGAGAGCGACAGCAGCGUGUUGCGAUGUCUGUGCUUCCGACAAGGACCGCCACUUCCACACCCUCGCACCGCCCAUCUACGAUCGACGGCCACUCUGCACGUGAACGAAGCCGCCCUGGAAGGUGUCUAUUCAAACGACCACUACUACGAUCCACCGGGGGAUGCCCUUGCUGGAUUCUGCUCACUGUGUAGGUGCUUGUUCUGCCCCGCCUGGUGCGCUGUGAGGGACACGAUGGAGUACGUUGCUUGUAUUGGCUGUGAGAUCGGCAGCGCCGUAUGGGAGAGCCUACCUCGACUCACUCUGUGGACCUCGUACCAAGCAAGACGCAACAAUGGCCGCAUCACGCCCUACAUCCCCCCACCACUGAGCGAGCCCAGCACCCCUUCCUACGCCUCUCUGCAGCUCAAAAAUGGAGACGGCAUUAGCUCGCCCUUUCAAGUCAGCCCUCGCUACGAGCUCAACUACCAGCGAGAGGGAUUUGUCACGAAAGAGAUCGGUCAGCUGAGCCCGCCUCCCAAAGCCGCCCAUCCACCCUUUCGCGUCUCCUCUCCCUGGGGACGAAGGAGGCCAAGACCGCCCAAGACGCCUUACCCGGCGGCCGUUGCAGUGGAGUUUGCGGACGAGCGGGAGAAGUGGUAGCUGUAGGAGGAGAGCCAGCGAGGAGCAGGCCGAGCGCCAAACACAAACACCCAUCUGCGAAUGCUCAUCCAACACACGAUACGACUUUGAUUAGAGCUACAACUGCAUAUACUUUCUGCUACACUUUGUCGCUUCCGGAACACUACCUGCCUGUUCUGUUGCUCCCGCCAUCUGCUCUUGUACUUGUACCGAUACCGAUUAGCGAGGGAAUAAAAGUUGUCCAUCUCGACAGCUCAAAGGAAGCUCACCCUGCCCGAUCGCUCUAGUGUGCCCCUCCCUUUCCUUGUC